AAGAGAGCGUUGUUUAGUCGACGAUUGCAUUUUUGUGUGUUAACCACUUUAAAAGAUAUGCUAUCGAAAUCGUCCCAUGGUCUCGGCUGCUCGCUCAAUGCUUUUAGUAUCUGUUUAUCUUCUGUUACUCUUCUGUUUGGCUUGGGUGGAUUUUUGCGGGUAGAAAUAAAACUCGCCGAUCAUGAUGCGAAACUGUAUGCUGUGCAGCAACAGUGCGUUCAACAAACUGCAAAUUAUUCUCCGCAUUUUCAAGGUAAGAAAGUAAAGCUAUAUAUAUUUUUGGCCAUAUUCAAAUAAAGAGAAAGUUGUUUAUGAUUAUUCAUUUUAUGAUCGUUUUGUUCUGCUUUUCGUUUUCAAGUCACAGGAGGGGCUUUCAUUUCUAGGGGAUAAACUUCCAUAAUUCGCACAGGGACUUGCCACCGGAAAGGGUUUGGUUUAUUGGCCUCUCGUCCUUAGAAGAGAAGAGAGAGCCACCUCAAUUUUGUUUGUUUUUACCCCUAAUAACGUAAUCGUUUGGGAAAGCGGUUUUACCUAUCUUAAACUGGGGACACGCGGGCUCCAGAGGGUCAGGUACAACACAGAGUUUAUUUCAUUAUGGCGUCAAAUGGACGUGACUAGACAGGGGCACCCAACGAGCAUAUAGGUCAAAACCACUUAACCAGAGCAUUGUUGAACGUAGGUAUAGGCAUAUUUUUAUCCCCUAAAAAUUUUUCAUCUGUUCGAAUUUCGUUGCUGAAAGUCUAGUGAUCCGAAAAUUAAAGGGAUCGAAACUUACCUUUUCGAAAAUUUCAGCCAGAAAAAAGGCUACCGAAAAUUCUAGGUGACCUUUUUAAGGUAAAAAAGGGUUAAAAAUGGGCACUCACACUAUUUUUUAGAAGUUCGAAAAUCCUAGGAGAGGCUGGUCAGCAAGAAAUUUUACAACAAAUGUUCCGAAAAUUCUAGAUCUCAAAUUGUCUUCCGAUCAGAUACUUUCCGAAAAUUGACGUUGGGUGCCCCUGACCAGAACUACGAAAGUUGAUUUCUGUUUUUCUUUCACGGCGAUUUAAACAACAAUAGACCAAUAAUUGCAGAACAAAACAUGAAGGAUUAUACCUUCCUAUGCAGACGUUCUUAGGGCCUUGUCUCGCGUUACGAAGCCCAGUGAGAACGUUUCCGUGGGAGGCUAGAAGGAUUCAGGUGGUGGUUGCUAAAUGCGCCAUCGCGUCAAAAGUUUUAUUUGUCGCCUUUUCUUUCUAAGCAGAGUCCGAUUUUCAAACCAGUGAGAUCAUCAGUAGGGAACGUCGCUCUCAAUCGGGAUUUCCAGUUAUCAACGGCAGCAGAAGGGACAUGGACGCUAUCGCAGCUAAAAAACUGAGAGAAAUAAGAGAGGAAAUCAAGGAGAACCUUAAGAAAAUGAAAGAGGAGAAUACGCGAGUCUGCAGGACUGCUCUUGGCUCAGUAAGAAAGACAAGUAACAAAUUAAACACGAGAUAUCCAAGCACCGAGAAAGGUGUUUCUUCUGAUAUCCAAACACCGGUACCCGAAAAGUAAUAUUACAGACACGAGAAUGGGUGUUUUAUCUGAUAUCCAAACACCACGAUUUAAUAUAACAAACACGAGAAUGAGUGUUUCAUCUGAUAUCCAAACACUGAAAAGUAAUAUAACAAACACGAGAAGGGGUGUUUUAUCUGAUAUCCAAACACCAAGAUGUAAUAUAACAAACACGGGAAGGAGUGUUUCAUCUGAUAUCCAAACACCGAAAAGUAAUAUAACAAACACGAGAAGGGGUGUUUUAUCUGAUGACCAAACACCAAGAUGUAAUAUAACAAACACGAGAAUGAGUGUUUCAUCUGAUAUCCAAACACUGAAAAGUAAUAUAACAAACACGAGAAGGGGUGUUUUAUCUGAUAUCCAAACACCAAGAUGUAAUAUAACAAACACGGGAAGGACUGUUUCAUCUGAUAUCCAAACACCGAAAAGUAAUAUAACAAACACGAGAAGCGGUGUUUUCAUCUGAUAUCCAAACACCAAAAAAGUAAUAUAACGAAAAGGGUUUUUUUAUCUGAUAUCCAAACACUGAAAAGUAAUACAACAAACACAAAAAGGGGUGUUUUAUCUGAUAUUCUCAAACUCAUUAAUAAUUCAUUAAGAAAAUACAAAGGAAAUUAAUGUUUAAUGAGUGUUUGGAAAUCGGAUGAAACACUGCUUAGUAUUUGCAUCCUUAAUUUCUCCUUCAAAAAUGAAUUUGUUUGAGAAGAAAUAUCAAAACAAACACCAGAGAUGGAGUGUUUCCGCUGCGCGUCGAUUUUCAAUCGGUGUUUCAUCUGGUGGUGAAACACUGCAUCUCAUGUUUGAUAUAUUACUCCAAACACCGAAAAGCAUUUAAAAUUCCAAGAAGGAGUGUUUCAUCAUGAUAUCCAAACAUCGAGAGUUAAUGUAACAAACAUGAGAUGGAGUGUUUCGUCUGAUAUCCACACACCAAGAAUGUUACAGGAGUAAACACCAGAAUGAUCCAGAUCCAGACACAGAAGAAUAAGUAUAAGGCUAUGUUCAUCCGGCACUAUAUGGGACAGCUUUUUUCGGCGCCAUGUGAAAAAGUGUGAACACCUAUCCUGUAUGUGACUUUCCACUUUUUUCUCCCAUGUUUAGGUCACACUUGGAAAUUUCUUCAAGAGAAUCAAAAGUUAGUUUCACUCUCCCCGACUGUAACCAUAAUAAGCAUGAUUUAGGCACAUCCUCCAAAAAUAUUUCUGCCAGGGUUAGCUACUAACAGGGAUAAUAUUAAUUUUCAGAAAUGCCUUCGCGGACCUCCUGGCGAACCGGGCUCAAAGGGAGAAAAAGGAGAUAAAGGACUCAAAGGGGACAAAGGGGUCACCGGGGCCCAUGGAACUCCGGGUGUAAAAGGACAAAAGGGUGAAAAGGGAGCUCGGGGGAUUCAAAGUUCCCAAUCCCCUCGGGUCCUGGUAUAUCCGCCAAUAUUGACUGUGAAGGAGAAUCAGACUGCAAGAUUCCAUUGUGUGGCUUCUGGUAGGUACAAAAUGAAUGAUGUGCUUAAUAAGAGUGGAGGGUAGAAGCUACGAUGAGUUGUAAUAACUGCUUAGUUACAGUCACUGCUUCCUUGUGGUGUUGUGUAAUGAUUUAUACAAAGUGAUUCUAUCUUUUGAGUCUGUUGAUGAAAUCCUAAAGUGUGACCAUUCAAAUGAAAGCUUCCAAGCAGUACUUUCCUGUGGUACGGUUUAUUAUGCUGUACAAGGUGGUACUAACUUUUGAGUCUGUAGAUGAAAUCCUAAAGUGUGACCAUUCAAAGGAGAGCAACUUAGCUGCAGUUUCCUCUGGUACUACUUUCUUAGCUUACAAGGUGGUUCUAACAUUUGCGUCUGUAGAUCUUUCUUUUGAGUCAGUAGAUUGAUCAAUCCUGAGCUGAGACCAUGCAUUCAGAUAAAACCUGUUGAUGAGAAUAAUGAUAAAUUUUUUUUUUCUUUUACUUACAGGACGACCAAAAAUGGUGCUUUUCCGCUAUUAGCCUGAUGCUGCUUGUUUGUUUUUGUUUUUAAUUUUAAUGUACUUUUUGUCUUCUUCAUCAUCGCCAUAGGUGACCCAAAACCCAUCAUAGCGUGGCGUAAAGAUGGCAAAGUGCUGAGGAAUAGCCAGAAAUACUCCGUAAGACGGAACGGCGCACUGAUUAUCACGCAUGCUCAGUACAAUGACAGUGGACGUUAUGAAUGUGUAGCGCGGACAAACUGGGAACAAGCGGAUGGUUUCACGAAUCUUAUGGUCAAAGGUAGGCGUGAGGAACGGAAAAAAUGAAAGGAAACGCUACUAUUUGACAUCAGUAAAAUCCAACUAGUGGUUUAUUAUCAAUGCUGCGUUCUGAUUGGUUGAGCUACUACUAGGCUAUAUGUUGUAGCCCACUAGUAGCGAAAAGCAAAAGGCUAGCUUUAACUAGCUAAAAAAAAUUUUUAUUCUCGAUGUUUUUGACCAACUAGUUGGAUUUUACUAAAACAAUUAUUCCUCUCGCCCUCAUGGCCUCUGAGUCAAUAGCCCAUUAGGCCGACUCAGAGCCCAUUCGGGCUCGAGGGAUAAUUGUUAAAUAUACCCGUGCUACAAUCGUUAUUAGCAUGGUUUCAAGUUUCACUUACCACUUAGGCAUGUAGUGGUCUAUUUUCUUCCCUGAUUAAGCAAAAAGUCAAAGAAUCCGCUGAGCAGACCACUGAAGGAUGAAUGGAAGAGGAGAGAAUGUUGAAAUUGAAAUAAACCAAACAAACGAUUUAAUUAGUUUCACUAUAUCGUACGAACACUCUUAUUCUUCGCACAUUUCAACUUCAGUAAAAGUAAAACACAAACUGCGGUAACAAACAUGAUGAAACAACGCUGGUUGCAAAAAACCCAGAUUUUAAAAACUUGACGUUUCGUAUGUAACAACAUACAUCUUCAGAAGUGACGGUUAAACAUGUUAAAAACAUUACAGUAAAAUUUGAACAUCUAGAAAAAGACUGGAUACUAAUAAACAGGUAAAAACACUAACUCAUGACAACAAAUGAUGAUGACAGACCCAAUUUGAAGUCUGCAGGAAAUUAUAAUAUAUGAUGCUAGAAGAACCCUUCUCCAUUUAUCCUUGUAAUUUGAUAUUAAAAACUCAAGAAUAAUAUCUUAAUAUUGAUAUAUAAGAGCGAAAAGCUAGUAUUAUGUUAUUUUGGUCUGUUUAUAACAGUCUAAAUUUAUCACUUAUUCUAUAUUAUCAUGGUCACAGUAUCUCCUCGCAUCAAACGACCCUCUCAACCCGUAAUAUACGUCACGAAAGGAAACGACGCAUUCUUCCCAAAGUGCAUUGCUUUUGGCUAUCCCUUACCAACCGUCACGUGGUCUCGAGUCUUCUCCACUUUCCCGGAAAGAAGCAGCUUCACUAGUGAUGGCAAUCUCACCAUUGUCAACACUACCACUGGGGAUUCUGGGAUAUACGUAUGUGAAGCUGUGAAUACCAUUGGCAGAGCCCGAGUCAUGACGCAGUUGGUUGUUCUCACGGUACCAAGCUUCACAGUGAAACCGCCAGAGAUUCUCACCGUCAACACAGGUGAAAAUUUUCGCUUAAGUGAAAGUGCGUCCAGGGAAGAAGGGUUACUCGGCUACACUAGCUAUCAUGGGCGAGUCAACUUAUAUGCAUUUCCCUACAAAGCAUGUUUAACCGUUAACACAAGAAACAAAAAGCUGGCUCUGCUAGAAAGGUGACCCACCUAGCCGGGUCGCCGUUUUACGAUUGUAGAGUCAGCCUCCUAGCUUGGCCGACGUUUCUUCAAAUAAACACUUUGGCUGGUCACAAUCGGAGCAUGAACCAGCGCUGUUAUCUCAGGCAAAGGGGUCGACAUUUCGUUUCCCUAUAAACAAUCUCUAAAGCUGACUCGGCUGGGAGGGUGACUCUCUUUCCCGGGCAAAAAUCCCCCCAAAAAUCGAACCUGCGCAGUGUGAGACUCUUGUCCUUACUCCACCCUUACUUAAGGGACGUGCAUGUUUCCACAAACAAACCCCUUCCCAUUUUCAGUAUGUCUUCUAAGUUUGUGUACAGUCAUAGUGAUAUAUCCGCAAAAAUAUUUCACGUUCAUGAAUUGUCUCCUUAAUUAUACUGCAAGAAUGAAUAGCGCAAAAGCUUUAGAAAUUCACGUGUUUAUCUUGUCUGACAGGUGAUAUACUGAAGGUCAAUUGCAGCGCACAGGGUGAUCAAACCUUACGUAUCACUUGGAGUCGUGAGUACGCUGAGCUCCCUGUGCGUAGGGCGACUGUGCGCGGAGAUGGGACCCUGACCGUCACUCAGCUGGUUCCUGAGGAUGCUGGGAAAUAUUUCUGUACUGCAAGUAGCGUUGGUGGUGCCAUCAAGAUAACCGCUGACAUGAACCUCAUUGUCUUAAAGAGUGAGUGUUAUAUUUUAAUUUUUUGGUUAGUGACUAUACAGCUUAUGGACGUUUUGCGCAAGUUCCAGAUUUUUUUUCGAACCCUCCAAGUCGGCGGUACCCUAUAUUUUUACUUGUGAAUGUUUUUUUCUCUCGUGGCAUGGGCUCCUGCGCGCCGCUAUUGAGUGCGAAGUACCUGUGUCGGGUUCCGAAGCUACGGGCGGAGCGAAGCCGAGUCGCUAUAGAACUUGACCGAAACCAGAAACCCACGCCUGACAAGUCCCGCGCGCAUAAGCUAGGGUAGUCGUGCGUAUCCUCGACAUACAGUGAAGAUGAAAGCCAGAAAGUGGGGAAAGAAGCGUGGCAGAGUGAAAACGUUUCCUGAAUAAUGAUUGCUGUUCCGACCCUUUCUUCUCUAAGAAAAUAGGAGUUCUGGGCUAUCCGUAGUCCCUUCCCAUAUUAUUCAACAGGAGCCAGUCGCGUAGAAUGUAACUUUAGAGGUUAAAAUAGAACUAACGUUCGCUGUCGACCAGUUUCAAGUAAAACUUCACCUAUAUGUACGAGUAACUGGGAAGUUAGUGUUUUUUUUCAACAACGUUACUGAAGUUUUAUACCUCAGUUGUGAACACAACAUGGUUCUUUUUCCAUGUCAAAGUUGCACCAAACCUACAAGUCGAUCAAUAUGCUCCGAUCCAAAUGUGUCCCCGAAAAAUGUCGUUUCUUUAAGGAACGACCCUUAGUAGUUUGUGAGAGUUAGUCGCUUAAGAGUUUAUUUUAUCUGUAAUAAUUUGACUUCAAUCCGAGGUGGUUACAUGUACAGAUAGGUGUUAAAAAAGUUUAUACAGUUUUUUUUUCCUAUAUUUAGAGGGCUUAAAGCGAGGCAUUUGCCCCAUUCCACUCCCGGUUGAUUCAUGUGAGGGGGAGACUGAUGACGAAUGCACGCUUGACUCUGAUUGUUUUGGUGACAAAAAGUGUUGUUCGGAUUCAUGUCAAAAGCUCUGUGUUCAACCACCACAAAGUAAGUGUUAUUUAUUUAGUAGGCAGGCACGUACUAGUGCUCAGGCUACCUCGUCUAAGUAUUUCUGGUGGAUGAAUUUUUUUUUGAUCUUAUGACUUAAGUAGACUUGCAGUAAGAUGGCUUAUGACUAAUGUCCACCCUUUACGCAAAGAAACGCAGAGAAGUUUUCUGUUUUGUCAAAAUACGCCCUCAGAACUAAUAUGGUCAUUGUGAAUAACCUAGAAACCAUGGAAGCUUUGAUUGGCUAAAGGGUUUCAACGGAUCCUAUCUCGCGUUAACGGCGCGUUAACGUAAAAUCGAGCGCUGAGCCAAUCUGUCUCCCAGGGUCCUCUCCAACUCAUCGCUUGAAGCAAGAGGGGGACGAUUAAGAGAAAACCCUGGUAACGAGGCUGGCGGGGAGCGUUAGCGCAUAAUAAUUUCAUUACGUCUCCCCUUUUACGCCCCUGCUGAGACUCAGGAUAUGGAAAUCGUUUGUCCUGGCCUCCUCGUUCAGUUUUUAAUGCUAAUUUUAUUUCUUCUCAAAGCCAAGGAUUGCGUCGAUAUCCACUACGCUGGCUUCCAAAGCAGUGGUGUGUAUUCGAUAAACCCUGAUCGAAGAACAGAAUUCAAGGUAUACUGUGAUUUGGAAACAGAUAAAGGUGGUUGGAUCGUGUUUCAAAGACGUCAAGAUGCGUCCGUCAGUUUCCAUCGCACGUGGGAUGAUUAUAAACGCGGUUUUGGCGACCUCAAGGGGAAUUUCUGGCUUGGAAAUGAUAAAAUUCAUCGCAUCACCGCGGCCAACAGGAUGAUUUUGCACAUUGAUCUCCAAGACUGGAAUGGGGUUAAAGUUUUCGCUCGCUAUGAAAAUUUCAAAAUUGGCGACGAAAAGUCAAGGUACACGUUAACGGCCAGCGGUUAUAACGGUACAUCCGGGGAUUCUCUAAGUUACCAUAACAACAUGAUGUUUAGUACAACGGAUGUAGACAAUGAUAAAUGGGAGUCUGGUAGCUGCUCAAAUGACCUGACUGGGGAUGGUGGUUCAAUGAUUGCCACAUGUCGAAUUUAAAUGGACAGUAUUUGGGGAACACGAAGGCGUAUAAUGGCGUAGGAUGGGCGCGCUUUAAACACAAUCUGUCUUUGAAGUUUGUGGAAAUGAAAAUGAGACCACUUUCGUUUGAAAAGGAAAGAGAAGACGACUAAGAAAAGUAAACCCGCUUAUUGCCGGCUUUAGAGUGACGAUAUUGACUUUAAGAUGACACAUAUAGAAUUCCAAACAUGGUAAUAUACACAGGAAACCUAUGUUUAAAUUCGUAAAGCAAGCGUUAGAAAAUAGGCACAGGGUACCUUCAGUUGAGAAAAAAAGGGGCCCUGUGCUUUUGUUCGCCCCAGUAUCUUCAAAAUUCGUCCGGCGCGUCUGAACUUAGUCUAAGAAGCAUACUCAAAAAGGCGUCUAAUUGUUACAAGGUUUUUGGUCCUGAUCACUGGAAUAAUAAACAUCAAUGGU